AUGAUUACUAAUGGUAGUGAUAAUGCUCUAAUAGAAUGGAUAUUCGAUAGCCCUGAUGGUAUCCCGAGAGAAUUGAAGGCACGAAGAGGAAAUAUAGGAACUAUUACUCAUAUGGAAUUCUAUGGUACGGAUGCAAAACAAUUAUUGGUUGCUACCUCUCAUAACGGUCGAGGGUUUGUUGGAUUUACAUCAUUAAUUCAGCAGCAACAGAAUUGCGUUUUCUCGCAAAAAAACUUUAAAACCCUCGUACAGAAUGGCUCGUUAUCCGUUCGUAAAUUAAAAGGAAUUGUAUCAAUGAGUUGUUCUUCUGUUCGUCAUUUUGAUUGGCCAGCUGUAGUUACAGCUCAUGAACAAACCCCUCAUGUAUUUAUAUGGAGUGCCCAUAAGAAAGCACUAGAGCCGCGUGUACUAGCACCUCCCGGUGUAACUACAUCAGCAGCAGCAGCAGCAGCAGCAGCAGCAACAUCAGUUUGCUGCAGCACAUGCGGCAACUUUGUUGUUGUUGGGUAUGCAGACGGGCGCAUGCACAAGUAUAAUCUCCAAUCGGGGCUGCAUAGGGGGGAAUUCUUCCGCAGCAACACAAGCAGCAGCAGCAGCAGCAGCAGCAGCAAGAAGCAGCAGCAGCAACAGGAAAAAGCGCAUAAAGGACCUAUUUGUGGUAUUAAUAAACCUUUGCUGCAUAAGACACCAAGGAAGCCAAUAGUAUUAGAGAGAGCAGCAGCAGCAGCAGCAGCAGCAGCAGGAGGUGCAGCAGCAGCAUUAGGGGCAUCAUUAGCAGCAGCAGCAGCAGCAGAAGAUGACGAAGAAGGAGGAGGAGAAGAAGGAGAAGAAGAAGAAGAAGGAGAAGAAGGAGAAGAAGAAGAAGCUGCUGCUGCUGCUGCACUACAACAAUAUAAAAGUACUAAUUCCCCUCUUGCUCUUGGGGCCCUCACCCUCUCGGGUGUAUCGGCAGCUCGCAUGCAUGCAAUACUUUAUGUUGAUGAAAUAAAAGAACAAACUGCUCCAUCUAAGGCUCCUGAGCCUUUGCCUGACGCUCCUUUCUUUAUUCCUUCUCGUUAUGAGGAGAAUUCAGCAGCAGCAGCAGCAGCAGCAGCAGCAGGAGCAGCAGAAGCAGCAGCAGAAGGAGGAGGAGCAGCAGGAGGAAAAGAAGGAAUAAAAGAAGAAAAAGAAAUAAAUAAAAAAAAUAAAUAUAAGACACAAUUACAAAAACUUUUAGCAACAAAAGGAAAAAGCGAAGAAAAAUAUAAAACCGUUGCUUUAUCUAUGGGGGAAUUAGGUCCUCUUGUUGAUGGUACAGAGGAAGAAGUAAAUAUUGGAGAUGUUACGUUUCUUUCGUUAUCAUCUUUUAUCAAGAGAUAA